UGUACUUAUGCUUGAUAGUUCGAUUAUCCGAUCAGUUUUUGAUUGAAAAAAGAACUUUAAAAAAUUCAGCAUGAAAAUACUUUUAAAGAAAUUAGAUGGCUGGAGUAAUGAGGUUAACGUUAAUGAACAUACCGAAACAGUCGUGCAACUUAAAAAAACGGUUAUCAACGCAUUGGGAAACACUCAAUAUGCAGUUGAUCAAAUUCAGCUGAUUUUUAAAGGGGAUAAAAUAGUCCAAGAAUAUGUUCGAGAUUGUGGAAUCAAACAUGGGGACACGGUAAUGGUUGUCGUCAAAGAAAGGAGUUUCAUUCACAUUGUAGUCGAGGUGAACGGCGAAAGAAUUCAGCUACAUGUUGAAGAAAGCAUAUCAGUAGAAAAAGUAAAGAAUAUGAUUCGCGACAAAACAGGAUUUUCCGUACAAGAGCAAGUUUUGAUGUUCAACGGCAUAGAAAUCGGAAACGGCAGACUAAACCAUUUUCGUGUCUGUGACGGCUCAACAGUCCAACUGUUUUUCAAAACGUUCAACAUCACAGUUAAAGACUUUAACGGACAAAGUCACGCUCUACAAGUGCGCUUAAGUGAAUCUGUCGACGAUCUCAAAAGCAAGGUGGAACAAAAUACACGUGUCAUUCCAAACCAGCAAACGUUGACACAUGAAGGUCGCACCCUGCAAAACCAACGCGUUCUCCGAGAAUACGGCAUCCAUGAAAAUUCAGUUGUACACUUGGUUGGUCGUCUACGAGGUGGAUGGAUGGACUGACAUGGCUACCCAAUAGUGAACUGAAAUACAAACUCAGAUUCUUUGUGAGUGUUAACUUGUUACUCACUCAGUAUUACGACUCAAUGCUCUAUAAACCAGAAUAUGAUUGCAUAAGUUUUUAUUGUAUUUAUAUCCACUAGACCAGGGCCGUAAAUACCGAAGAUUUCUUGGUUCUAGCAAGUUCUUAUUAAUCGUUUUUCAUAUCCACAUAAACGUACUCUUGGUGGAGUCCUGACAUAAAAUAUGUCAAUCUAACACAGUGAUUGUUAACAAUAUGUUAUUUGCGAAGACCUUUAAUCGUCUGGCGAAAGCUACGGGCCCUCCCAAUUCCCAUGUAAAAUAAAUUACUAUUCUCAGCUCGCUAAAAUGAUAAAGUAUGCUGAAAGUUGAAUUGAAAAAAGAUAUCAAUAAAAAUCCCGACUCACAAAGUACAAAACGAAAUUUCGAAAAAACGAUCAUCCGCGGCCUUGGCAAUACUGGCUUGAUUAACGAUUGGUUAUCUCGAAAUUUUCACGAAUAUUUAAUCAAAAUGAAACGCCCUGUAAUUAUUAAUAUUGUGUAUACUUUGUGUCUGUCCUUUUAGAACAUACUUCUGUAAAAUUCAUUUUCUGGAAAAUAUGAUGAUAAAUGUAAAUAAUAAAAGUUUAUAUUGUAUUUCUAAAAAUUGA